CCAUGGAGGAACCGCAGUCGGAUCUCAGCGUGGAGCUCCCUCUGAGUCAGGAGACGUUUUCAGACUUAUGGAGUUAUUCCCCGGACCUCAACAAGCUGUUUUGCCAGCUAGCAAAGACCUGCCCCGUGCAGCUGUGGGUGGACUCGGCGCCCCCGCCCGGCACCCGUGUCCGGGCCAUGGCCAUCUACAAGCAGUCACAAUACGUGACAGAGGUCGUGAGACGCUGCCCCCACCACGAGCGCUGCUCUGACAGCGAUGGUCUGGCCCCGCCUCAGCAUCUUAUCCGGGUGGAAGGAAACCUGCACGCGGAGUAUUCGGAUGACAGAAACACUUUCCGACACAGUGUGGUAGUGCCCUACGAGCCGCCCGAGGUCGGCUCUGACUGCACCACCAUCCACUACAACUACAUGUGCAACAGCUCCUGCAUGGGCGGCAUGAACCGGCGCCCCAUCCUCACUAUUAUCACGCUGGAGGACUCCAGUGGGAAGCUGCUAGGACGGAACAGCUUCGAGGUACGCAUUUGUGCCUGUCCUGGAAGAGACCGACGCACAGAGGAAGAAAAUUUCCGCAAGAAAGGGGAGUCUUGUCCCAAGCUGCCCACUGGGAGCAUUAAGCGAGCACUGCCGACUGGUUCCAGCUCUUCUCCACAGCCAAAGAAGAAACCACUGGAUGAAGAGUAUUUCACCCUUCAGAUUCGUGGGCGUGAACGCUUCGAGAUGCUGCGAGAAAUUAAUGAGGCCUUGGAACUCAAGGAUGCCCACCUGAAGUCCAAGAAGGGCCAGUCUACCUCCCGCCAUAGAAAACUAAUGUUCAAAACAGAGGGACCUGACUCAGACUGACGUCCUCUGCUUCUUGUCUCUUGUUCACUAUCCCCCAUUUAUACUCCUCUUCCCCUGCAUUUUGGGUUUCUGGUCCUUAAACCCCCGC